CAUCACUUCAAGAUAAAUUACAAAAUGGAGUCAAACAAAAUAAUCAACAUCAAACAUCCAAAGCCUUAGUAAAAAAAUCCAUCAUUUCUACCACUUGCUCAACUUCCUCCUCUGAUAGUUGGAAAUUACUUGACCAUGCUGUGCUACUAACUUCUCAAGCAACUAUCUUAACUGCAAAUUUUCUUACUCACCAUUUAUCCGGUCCCCGUAAACCUUCUUGGCCAAUACAACUUACGUUGAUUUGUGCUGCCAUGAGAGCCUUAACUGAGCAUACUCAUUUGGCUGAUGUUGAUAAAUUGAGAAUGUUUACUAGCAUUCCUUUUACUUUUGCUCCCUCAGAUAUAGUUGUUACACCCGUAUCGUUUAGAGUUUUGAAUAGAGGAUUAGCUGGUAUACUGAAGGAUUUAGAAGACAGUGAAACAGGGAAUCGAGAGAUUAGUGCUGAAUGGGUUGUACCUAAAGGAUUAUGGAGAAAGAUUAAUGAUGAAUAUCAUUUAUCAGCGGCACGUUAUAAACAUAUAUAUAUCGAUCAAUACGGUAUUAAAUGGUCAACAGAAAAGGUCAUUUUAUAUUUACACGGCGGUGCAUAUUAUCUUAUGUCUGCUAAGACACACAGAGAUUUGAAUUAUCGUUUAUCAAAAGCAACCGGAAGGAGAGUAUUUGCAAUAAAUUAUAGAUUAGCUCCAGAAGGUCCUUUCCCUUGUGGUCUUCACGAUGCUGUUCAUUCUUUUCUCUACUUAAUUGACCCUAAUGGUUUGGCAAUUCAACCACAAAACAUUGUUAUUGCGGGCGACAGUGCCGGCGGUGGUUUAGCUUUAGCAUUACUUUAUUAUCUUCGUGAUAACCGAAUGUCAUUACCAGGCGGUGCAGUCUUAUUUUCCCCAUGGGUAGAUUUAACAAUGUCAUGCGCAAGUUGGGAUUUAAAUCAACCCUACGAUUAUUUAUUCAAGCAAAAAGAUGAUGAUCCACUACAUCCUGUAAAUCUUUACUUAAAAUCCCAUGAGGAACGUUCAAAAUUGAUUACUCAUCCUUAUGUAUCUCCUCUAUUUGGAGAUUUACAUGAUUUACCACCGUUACUAAUACAAUGCGGUGAUAGCGAAGUGUUAAGAGAUGAAAUUUAUUUGCUGGUUAAAAAAGCUUCAGAAACUGGGUCUACAUUCGUGCAACACGAAGUUUAUGAAGGUUAG